AUGGUGGCGGCUUCAGCAGAAGGCGAACAGAACAAAGUAGAAGCUGAUAUUUCACCAUUUCAACAAAAUGAAGUGGAGCUAGCUUUUAAUUUAAGUUACAUUGAUGCUGAAAAUGUCAUUGGAGACUUCAAGCGUGAGCUUCAUGCUAAGCACCGAUAUUGGACGGAACAUCGAACUAAAUAUGUUCCAUACUGGACAUUGUUCCAAGCCUCAGGAUACGGCAAAUCUCGUCUUAUCAAAGAGGUCGCCAAGGACAUUCCCACGCUUUACCUUUGCUUACGUCCUGCAGCAAGUACGGGAUAUCCUCCACGGACAGAGAUCAUUGCAAACUUUUUGGAAAAAACCUUUUUCGUACACCUUCGGCAGGGAGAAGAAUGGCGACUUGCUUACAUUCUUUUUCAGUUAAUGAAUUUAUUUUACACAAAGAGCGAACGUCACUCGCCCGAGCACAUGUGGGACCUACAGAUGGGGCUUUGGGGUCCUUCCUUCUGGACUGAGGUUCUGAGGAACAUAAAGAAUUGGAAAGAAGUUACUGAAAACGACGUGUUGGACAUUAUGUCUCAAAAUCUCCCUUGGCAAUCAUAUGGGCAAGAAGACACUUUUUCGAAGAGCUCUGCGACAGAUCAGCGGCAGGGCAAAUGGAUGGGAUUCUUCGUAUUGUUUCUGGAUAUGCUUAGUAAAGUAGCAAAUUUUGCACCACCCACUGCAGCUGAUCCAUCUACCAGAGAUGACAAUGUGAAUGUGGACCAAGAAACUGGUAUGAUUCUUUUUACACCCUUUAUCAAGCUCUCCACCAUGGAUGUAUUCCAGCAAAGUGAAAUCCCACUUGACAUUACUGACCCAGAAAAUAGAGAAAUGUUUGUGUUGGCAAGAUUAGGAAGACCACUAGGCUAUAGUUACUUAGAGAGCAACAAGAAAAAUCCCAGACGCCUCAGAAAUUUGAUAGAACAUUUCAAAAUCAAGCUCCUUGGGGGAGUUGAUGAUCUGACGCGUGCUGAUAUCAUCCGUGCGAGCAUCGCCAUUGUAUCUCUGCUGGCCUCAACAUGCUACGCGAUCUCAGAAGACAGGGAAAAUCUGUUGGUUGGUUACCCCUCAGAGCCAUUGUUGGCAGAAGCGGGAUUCUUCUUGAUUGAAGACAAAGGCAACUUGGUCAAAGUUCUAAAAACUUUCAAUGAUUCAUUGAAGAAGGGUAUCGUGGAGCCUGGUCCAUGUGGGGAACUUGUGGCACAACUCAUUCUGAUUCUUGCGGUCAGACACCUUAAGAAAAAGUGGUUUAGUUUCCCCAUCAUUCUUAGAGACUUUGUUCAGCUGCUCUACCCAGACAAUGAAGAAACACUCAAGCACAUUCCGGAUGGCCAUGUGGCCUUCACACAUUUUGUCUCAGUUGAUUACAUACCAAAUAAAGAAGAACUCAAAGGAUAUUAUCACCGCCGCAUUGCAAUUAUCUUCAAACUCAAUCAGCAGGCAGCCGAUCUGAUGAUCCCAAUAUUGCUUGCAAGUGGGCAGUACUCCUUUAUUCUUAUCCAAGUGAAAAAUUACCACAGUCCCUAUGCAAGGGCAGAUAAGAAGUAUUCCUCAUCAGCCAAGAUGCGUCCUGAACAAGUUUUUACAGGUGAAGAUCUUGAGCAUUACGGUGGAGAGUAUUUAAGCAUUUAUUGGCAGCUUGGGUACACUGGCAAGUGGUUCGUUGACCCUCCAAACAUACCGGAAAAGUUCAAAGAUCAAGGGCAGAAAGGACCUGCCACUCGUUCACAUACCAAAUCUGAAAGCCAGAUGAAAAGACUUAACAAGAAAAUAAUAUGCAUGUCUUCAUUUGGAAUGGAUUGCUUUAAGUUUUUGGACAAUGAAGUGAUGGGAAUUCUGAAACAGAUGGUUGUUUCUUAUGUCACUCCUUUUGAUCCUGAAUGGAGAACAGCAAACCCAGAUCAUGGGGAAAUUUGGAAAGAAAGAAGUAUUAUUAGACUGUAG